GCCUCCGCGGUGCAAAGUGCAGGACUUGGAGAGGAGAAGGAGGAAGUGGAGGUGAUGGCGACGGACCUGGGGAGGGGGAGACGCUCCGACUGGCUGAGGCGCCGCCCGGCCUGGGGUCACCCUUCCAGGACUUGGCACAGCAAGCACAAGAAAGACUGAAGGAAAGAAAGGAAACCAACAAAGAUAACUUUAGAAGCACUGAAUGCAUCGAAAUAAGAAAAAUGGAUCUCAAGUUCAACAACUCCAGGAAAUAUAUUUCUAUCACUGUGCCAUCUAAAACCCAAGCAAUGUCACCACACAUCAAGUCAGUUGAUGACAUUAUAGUACUUGGGAUAAAUCUCAGCAAAUUUAACAAACUUACUCAAUUUUUCAUAUGUGUUGCUGGAGUUUUUGUAUUUUACCUAAUUUAUGGAUAUUUACAGGAAUUAAUAUUUUCAGUGGAGGGUUUUAAGUCCUAUGGCUGGUACCUUACUUUAGUGCAGUUUGCAUUUUACUCCAUAUUUGGCCUCAUAGAACUUCAGCUUAUUCAGGACAAAAGGAGAAGAAUACCAGGAAAAACCUACAUGAUAAUAGCUUUUCUAACUGUGGGUACUAUGGGGUUAUCAAACACUUCCCUGGGCUACCUGAAUUAUCCUACCCAAGUCAUCUUCAAGUGCUGCAAAUUGAUUCCUGUUAUGCUAGGAGGAGUUUUUAUUCAAGGAAAGCGCUAUAAUGUUGCAGAUGUGUCUGCUGCACUGUGCAUGAGCCUUGGCCUGAUAUGGUUUACCCUAGCUGACAGCACCAUUGCACCAAAUUUCAACCUGACAGGUGUGAUGCUUAUUUCCCUGGCACUAUGUGCAGAUGCUGUCAUUGGAAAUGUUCAAGAGAAAGCCAUGAAACUGCAUAAUGCUUCUAAUUCUGAAAUGGUUUUGUAUUCUUAUUCAAUCGGUUUUGUGUACAUUUUGUUGGGAUUGACAUGCACUAGCGGAUUAGGCCCUGCAGUUACAUUUUGUUCAAAGAAUCCAUUUCGGACCUACGGUUAUGCUUUCCUUUUUUCCCUCACUGGGUAUUUCGGAAUCUCCUUUGUUCUGGCUUUGAUUAAAAAUUUUGGUGCACUUCUUGCUGUAACAGUGACAACAGGAAGAAAAGCAAUGACCAUUGUACUUUCAUUUAUAUUCUUUGCUAAACCAUUCACAUUUCAGUAUGUAUGGUCUGGUUUGUUAGUUGUCCUUGGUAUAUUUCUCAAUGUUUACAGCAAAAAUAUGGAUAAAAUAAGACUACCAUCACUCUGUGAUCUGAUAAGCAGAUCAGUGGAAGCAAGAAAGUCAAGGACUUUGGCACAAACUGUAUAGGCAGUGAUUUGUCCUAUUUAAAAUAGAAUUUUAAGGGAACAAUCAUUAAUUAAGGGAUUGUUAUAAAAACCAAAGGAUCUGCAGGUGUGCUAUUCAUUUGUGGAUGGGUUACAUAUGCAGUGGUUUUGUGGUGUCAGCCUUUCCCUCACUCUUGUUCGACUGGUUUCUGAAGCAAGCACAACAGCCACAUCUGGCGCGCCUCACAAUAGAACGUCAGUGUGAAGGACUGUCAUUCCUAGCAGCUCAUUGAGGAUUCCACUGGGAAUGGACCGUGCUGCAAGACCAAUUGGAUAUAAUCAUGACAUAUCAAAGAAAUUGAUACGUA